GCACUCCAGACCUUGCGGGGCCUGGGGCGGGCGUCGGGAGUUGCAUUGCACCGACAGCGAACUGGACGCGCGCCAGAAGCUCACGGGAGCGCAGCACGCGCGCUUCGAUGGCCCGCAGAGGUUGAGAGCCGGGGGCGCGGAGGAGGCGGCUCUGCCCUCUAAGCCGAGCUGGUUGCUUGCAAGGUAGGGAGAACGAAGCAAGAUGCCCAAACGUUGAUCUUUGCGGGAGGGAGGCCGGGGAGCGCUGCGCCCCGAGUUCGGGCUAACCGCUCUGCGUCCCCGUCGCGCUCUCCGGCGCGACCGGCUGCCUCCAGGAAAGCGCAGUCUGAAAGUUGUCAGCGGCAGUAUCCUGCGCUCCCUGUUGUGUAACCUCGGCGUUGCCAGCCGGACGGGAAGUUGCUGGCCGGCUCACCGAGUCAGUUCUGUCUCGGCUCCCGGAGGAGUUCAUGGCCCGCGGCGAACGAGGAGCUGGAGCCGGUGUGGGCGAGGCCCCGCGCGUCCCCUCCCGCGGGGAUCCCCAACACCAGCUCCCUUCUGCUCGCUGGCUUUUCCGAUGCGCGCUGCGCCCCUCGCCGCCGCCACCCUCUCGCUGCCACUUGCUCGGGGCCGACGCCUAAGUUGGGGAGGAAAGAAUGACCGAGGUCCUGUGGCCCACUGUCCCCAACGGGACGGACGCUGCCUUCUUGACUGGCUCAGACUCGCCCUGGGGGAACAGCACGGUCGCCUCCACCGCCGCCGUGGCUGCCUCCUACCGAUGUGCGCUGACCAAGACGGGCUUCCAGUUCUACUACCUGCCCGCUGUCUACAUCGUGGUGUUCAUCAUCGGCUUUCUGGGCAACAGCGUGGCCAUCUGGAUGUUCGUCUUCCACAUGAAACCGUGGAGUGGCAUCUCCGUGUAUAUGUUCAACUUGGCCCUAGCUGAUUUCUUGUACGUGCUGACUCUGCCCGCGCUCAUCUUCUAUUAUUUCAAUAAAACAGACUGGAUCUUCGGGGAUGCCAUGUGCAAGCUGCAGAGGUUUAUCUUCCAUGUGAACCUCUACGGCAGCAUCUUGUUCUUGACCUGCAUCAGCGCGCACCGGUACAGCGGCGUGGUGUACCCGCUCAAGUCCCUGGGCAGGCUCAAGAAGAAGAACGCAGUCUACAUCAGUGUCCUGGUGUGGCUCAUCGUGGUGGCGGCCAUCUCCCCCAUUCUCUUCUAUUCUGGCACAGGGGUCCGGAAAAACAAAACCAUCACCUGCUAUGACACCACCUCCGACGAGUACCUGCGAAGCUAUUUCAUCUACAGCAUGUGCACGACCGUGGCUAUGUUCUGUGUGCCCUUAGUGUUGAUUCUGGGCUGUUACGGAUUAAUUGUGAGAGCUCUGAUUUACAAUGAUCUGGACAACUCACCUCUGAGAAGGAAAUCAAUUUACUUGGUGAUUAUUGUACUGACCGUCUUUGCUGUGUCUUACAUCCCUUUCCAUGUAAUGAAAACGAUGAAUUUGAGGGCCCGGCUGGAUUUCCAGACCCCAGAAAUGUGUGAUUUCAAUGACAGCGUUUAUGCCACUUACCAGGUGACAAGAGGUCUUGCAAGUCUCAACAGCUGUGUGGACCCCAUUCUCUAUUUCUUGGCAGGAGAUACUUUCAGAAGGAGACUCUCUAGAGCCACCAGGAAAGCUUCCAGAAGAAGUGAUGUAAAUUUGCAAUCCAAGAGUGAAGAUAUGACCCUCAAUAUUUUAUCUGAGUUCAAACAGAAUGGAGAUACCAGCUUGUGAAGAGUCAAGAAUCUCCAAACAGCCACUUUUGUUACAUGAAAUUUUCCUCGUAAUCUUCAUGCAUCAUGUGGUGGAUAAUGCUGACAAGCGGGUAUGUGCCAAAUAGCAACGAGAGUGAUUUCGCCAACUCCUUCCAGGCAAAAAGAGGUCUCAGUGAAGAGUCGAUGCUAAUGGUGAUAAUACCCAGAAGAUCAAAAUAAAGCAGUGAUCUAGUGCAUGAAAAUUUGAUUCAUCACAUAUGAUGAUAUGAAUACUUAGUAGUAAAGACAGACAUCUGUUAAUAAGUUGAUGAAAGAACAGCUAACAUAACACUUACCAGUUCAUAAAUAUCACACUACAAAACUAUCUUCAUAGCAAGUUCAAGCUAUAUUAUGGCUCAAUUGGGCAUCUUUGACUCUUUGAACAUCAGUUGUGUUUGCACUGAGUUGAUGAAAAGAGACUAAGAUACUGUAUGUCAUGAAAGUGGGCUUUGGAGUUAGAAACAUGACGCUGACCCUUGCCUGCUGUGGAACGUUUGACCCUUUGACCACUGGCCAUCUUGGAUUAAAGAGGUUGGAUGACAUCCAUCUGUUGGGAACUUAGGGCAAAACAUUGAAGCCAGCCAACCAGAGUGUGUGAAAUCUGCCCCUGUAUAUUCCAGGACUCUUUAAUUCCUAUUCUUGGCUAAAAUUUCUUGCAAAGUUAACCUGUUAUAAUGUGGACCUAGGACCAGUAAGUUUUUUAAGUCUACUCAUGAAGUAGGCUAAACUGCCUUUAGGCACAAGAGUUGUCAGUGCAUUUAGCAGCUAUAAGUGAAAUAGUUAUACUGCUUAAGUAUGUGUUAUUAUUAGAGAUCUGUUGAAGCUUUAUUUUUCUUGUUCAAAUUAUGAAUAUCAAUAGUAUUUAUUGAUGAAGCUCACAGUCUUUUAGUUGUACAGAUUGAAAAACUUUCUUGAAAGAUCCACUAUUCUGAUAUAAAUUAUAUUUAUUAUUGUGUAUAAUAUUGAUGUGUCACACUGGUACAUAGUACAUAAUAGGCAUAGAUGAGAUUUAUUAUAUAUUUCAAUGCUUUUCAAAUGUCAGAUUAUUAAAGUGGUUAAGUAUUCAGAUUUUUUUAUCUAAAUAGGAAAAUCUGUUUUGUGAUACAAGUGAUUCUUUUUGUCUAGAAAUGCUUAUGCACGUUUAUUUUUUUUUAAUUUUUAGAGUUUUUUUUCUGUAUAGACACAAUUUGGUGUGAGAGUAUCAUGCAAUCAAUAGUACACAAAAAAUAUCUUAGAUUGGGUUUGUAUUGCCCCUAUUAUAUAAUAGUACAGAAAAGUUUAUUGUCUUUUCGGGAACUUUAGAAUUGUGUCUCCAAAUAUAGUCACAGAUUCCAUUUCCAAAUGCAAAAGACUUGUUAAGAGAUCAAGGUGUAGAUCUCUUAAGUUUCAGAAGGCCAGUGGUGUGGACACUAUAGAUACAACACUAGAAUUUAAAGAAAAUCUUUAGAGUGAUAGUGAGAGAAAGAAGCAGCUGGUAUAAUCAAUUACCAUGUUCACUUUUGCUUCAGUUUUUGUGUUGUGUUUCUUUUGGUGAGGUGGAGUUUCUAAGCAACACACUACCAGCACGUUCAACACUGCUAUUCAUUUAAAUAUGUUUCUUUGUUUGGUUGCUAAUUUUAAUUCCAAGUUUUAUAAUGACGACUGUGUAUUUGGCUGCUGAAACCUGUCUGUUACAAUUUUUUUUUAUUCUGUUGUAUAUUGUAUUCUUCACAUCAUUAAAAAUUUAUAUGAAGGGAAAUAUAUGUUACAUAUAAAAAUUUGUGAAUUUGAAUUCUAAUCUGUUUUAAUGCUUUUGCAAAAAUGUUUAUUUUUUUAUUAUAUGUGAUUUUAAUAUAGACAAUUGAGCUAGAUUUCAUUGUGAUUAAUACUGUCAUUGAAUGAGCAGUAUAAAGACAGUGUUACUUGACAUUUGGAGCUUUCUCAGGUUUAUCUAAGUCAGCGAUAACUUGACAAAUUCCAGACUAAGUGUGUUUUAAGUAAAAGGAACAUUUCCUAAAAGUUUGCAUGCAAAAGUGUAUAGUAUUUGUGUGUGUGUGUGUGUGUGUAUGUGUAUGGCGUGGCAGUCAACUUUGUAUUUGCUAUUUAUAACAGCAGAGCUUUAGUAUAAUCACAGUCACUAGAACUGUAUCUACUAUAGAUAACUAAAACUGUAAAAGUCUAAAUAAAAUUAUGAAAUGUGG